GGCCCUGUAUUCCAUUAUCUGAUUGUCUAUGUCAUCCGUGCUGAAAUGUCAAAAAUUGAUUGUGAAUACACACAUUUUCAAAAUUAAAAGUACAUCAACAGUCACAAACAUGUCCAAGGGAUUUAUCACGAAUUUAUGUACCAAGGGACCUCCACGGUCCGAUCAGUCCAUUUCGUUACAAGAAUCUGUUCAUAAUACUAGUUUUUGUUCCCGUCCGAAUUCCAUGAAUUCUGGAAACAGAAUUCCUUGCUCCCAACAUCAUAUGAUCCAGGUUUGUCAGAUACCCAGUUUCUGCACAGAAAACAAAACAGUCUCUAAACACAAAUCAAGGACCAGAAGUAAGAGCCCUGGUAAUUCACAAAAGAACAAGAAAUCCGUUACGUUCCCUGAUCAAAAUUGGGCAACUGUCUUUCGGACAAAUUCUGUUUAUUCGGGUAAUGACAUGGGAGACAAUCAAGUGAUUGACAUACAUUAUGCUGAACCGAAACGAACUUGUUCAUGUGUUUCCAAUGGAACCUCGUUCAAAAAUGGUUGUGUAAUUAAGUCUCGCAGCAGACUGCAAGUUUCUAACUCAUCUCCAAUUCAUGCUCACGUUGUCCAACAAUCCAUCUGUCCAGAGCAGCUAACAGGUCUCAAGAACGAAAUAGAAAUCGUUAGAACUCAGUUGGAAAAAAUGGCUAAGCCAGAUCCAGCGAAUCUGGUAGGUAAAGGGGAACCUGAACAAUAUGCCCAGCUCAAAUCAGAAAAUAAGCACCUGAAGCGGGAGCUGGAGCUGAAAAGAAAGUUGUAUUUGGCCACCCUCCAAGACGUGGAAAGAGCCAAGGACAUCUUGAGCGACUAUGAAAAAAAAGUAGCUUUAUUGCAUGACCAAGCGGUGAAAUCUUCCAAAAUCAUGAAGCAAAGUAAAGAUAAAUUCUGUAAAUGCGUGAAGGAGAAGGAAAAAAUAAUCAAAGAGCUCAAAGACAGUAAUGCCGACUUGCUCCAUUCCAUCAGAGAAAAAGAGAUAAAAUAUGUGGAGUUGAAUAAGACUUUCGGGAGUUUACAAAGCCUUCUACAUGAAAAUAGUGAACAACACGCCAAUAACAAUCAAAACUUCUCAGAAGCAAUCAAAACUCUGCAAAAACAACUAGACACUUCGUUGAAGGAAACAGAACAAUAUAAAGACGAAGUUAAGAAACUUGAAGAGCAACUAAUUAAUUUUGAAUGUAAAGUGUGCGAAAGACUAGAAGCGAAGGCUAAAAAACAAAAGGAAAAAUUCGACUCUCGAAUGAAAGAACAAGAACAAAAAGAGUCAUCUUUGAAUCAAAAAAUAUCUGAACUGUCUUCUCAAGUAGAGGUGGCACAUAACCAAAAAUCAUCGUACGAACAAUUACAAAAUGAAUUCAAUGAGUUGCAGGCCAAAAUAGAACAAUAUGAAACAUUAGGAUCGAGAUAUAAUUUCCUCGAAGAGAAAUACCAAGAGCAGUGCUAUCUAGCCGUAGAGAAAGAGCGUGACUUCGAGAGAGAUCGAGGCGAACUCAAAAAAUUGGUGGACGAACUCACAGAUGUUAUUAAACAAAACAAGGCAACGGUUUUGCAAUUGUCCGACAUUAAUAAACAACAGGAGGCGCUGAUUGCCUCUCAAAGUGCAAUUUUACUCGAAAAGGAUGAAAAAAUGAAGAUGGCCGAAAGUGAAAUUGAGAUGUUGAGGACAAAGAGUGAGCAACUUGAGGAGGAAAUAUACGAUCUGAAAAAAGCCUUGGAUGGCCCUUGUUCGAAAAAUGCCUGCCUUUCCUUAUCAAAGGAACUAGAGGAACUGAGGAUUGCCUUGGAAAUCGAGAAAGACAAUAAACUAGUGAAAGAAAAAAUAAUCGAGGAUCAAUCUCAGACGAUCACGGGUUUGCAAGUUCAGAUGAAAGAAAAAUUGAGAGAGCUGAGCAUCGCAAAGCAAGAGAGUAACGUUGCUGAGGAAGAAAUAAUGAAGAUCAACGAUGAUUUGAUGAUGAAGCAUCGAGAGCUGGAAAGAGAGAUGCACGAAAAGGAACAUCUAAUGCAAAAACUGAAGAAACUCGAAUAUCAGAAAUCCGCUCUCAGCAAAGAAAUGAGUGAUCUGGAAAUACUUCUGCAAAACUACUGCGAGGAAAGAGAAUGCGAUGAGGAUCAACAGCAGGCGAUUCAGGACAUCCAGAAACAAGUGGCAGAGCAAAAAAGAGAAUGGGAAAAACAGAAAGCCUUGCUGGCCGACGAGAAGGAGAAAGCUGUCAACGCUGCCAAAUUCGCGACUCAGAAAUUGCUGGACACUGUUGCCGAUUUUCAAAGGCAGGUUGAAGCACAGAAGAAGGUGCAAGUGAUGCUGACGAGAAUGCUGCACGAUAAAGAAGAACAACUGAAGAUGGUACAGCUCAAGAUGUCUUCCAUCAAUUCAAUAACUGCCGAUAGAGAGAAAGAUUAUCCUCUAGAUGAAAUAUACAAAAGGAGCAGGAGUUUCGACCUAUCCAAUCCUGCCACGACCACUUCAGUUUACUCUUCUUGUUCUAACUGUUCCAAGUGUAAACCAACUUGUCAGAAAAAUGAUCUGGUCCAGCUUUUCGAGAUGCUGACAAGAACUGAAGAGCCAAGCAAGGACAGUUGAUAUUACAUUUUAUUUAAUAUUUAUCAUUUUUACUCUACCUAUGAAAUGUUUAGAAGGAAAGACGAAGAUGAUUUCCCAAUGUCCUUUCACUUCUUUCAAGCAAUUUAUUGAUGGCCAUGAGAUUUUACUUUAUUCAUCAGGUUCAAACUGGUCCCAAAAAUAUUUUCAAAAUAUCGUGCUAUAUCUUUUAUUGAUGUUAUGAAUUGAUUACGAUUUAAUAAAAUCACAGUUGGGUCUAAAUAUUGAA